UAACUUUUUUCGCUUUCUAGCACUGGAAGAUGAAUCCUAUUUCUUAGUUUGAAAUCUGUCACUUUUCAGGACUGACAUUAAGCCGGACAGACUUUACAGCAUGCGUCGUGGAGACUGGUUGCCAUGGCCUGGUGAGGCUCAGAGACGAGACGAGAGGAGGGCCGAAGCCAGACUGGCUGAGGGUCUGCAGAGACUCGACCAGGCUAAACAUUACCACCUCAACACACUGAUCAGAGAACAGCACAGACUUCACAGAGACCUCAUCUCCAUCAAAACAGGUAAUCCCUGGAAAAGAGAACUCCACAGUUUGGGGCUGCGACCCUCCAACUAUGAUGUUGGUCACCCUGCUGCAUCUUACAAGAAGACCCUAUUACCCAGCAUCCUAAUGGCAGGCAAGGAGACAGACAGUCACAGGUCCUCUUCUCUGCAGGCUCGUGUUCAGGAGUUUAUCAGCAAUGGAGAGAAAAGGGCAGAACACUCCUCUGAGACGCUCUGCCUGCCAGACCUAAAACGGCAGCCCGUCAUCUCUCUAACCACUACAAGCGCAAAUACAGAAAGAGAGGAGAGCAAGGAGAGAGAGGUGGAUGGAGAACAGGACAGAGAAAGAGGGUCUCACAUGGAGCUAGGGGAGGUAGUGAAGGACAGAGAAAAAGACAGCCAGAAAGAGAGGGAAUGGAUGCUGUUAAGGGAACGAGAGAAAGAUAAUGAAAGAGGAGCUGAGAUUAAUGGGAAUAGGUGUCCAUCUUCUUCAGUUUCAUUCCCCUCUGAGAUGUUGGCUCCAGAUGGACAUUUAAGAACAGUUCACACAUUACCAAACUUUGCCCAGGCACUGGCCGAAGCCCGAAAAGCAAGAUACAUCAGACACCGAGGACAACCGCUGUGUGAGCGAGAACUCACCAUACCAGAGAUAUUUGCUCGGGAUUCAAAAGCUCCUGCUCACUGA